AUGGUCUUAAACAUAUCCUCGAAAUCUGUUGUUAUAAAGAAGCAUUUGGAGGUGUAUGGUUUACCUCUACCACUAUGCACUUCCGAAACACGUUUACUAAGAGUUCGAAUUAUACGUGCUCUGGAUCUUAUGAAGAAAGAUAUAUUUGGUGCGAGUGAUCCAUACUGCAAGUUAUGUGUUUACAAAACUCACCGCUCAACUCUGCCUGUGUGCACACCAGUGCCAACGAAAACCGUCAAAAGAUCGUUAAAUCCUAUUUGGAAUGAAGAAUUUAUAUUUAGAGUCAACCCUUCCGAGAACCGUCUAGUGUUUGAGAUUUAUGACGAGAACAGGAUUACAAGAGAUGAUUUUCUGGGUGUCGUCACCGUGUUUCUGCCUUAUUUGGAAAUUGGGACGGAAGGUUCUGGUUGCCGAUUAAUGGCUAAAAGUUUUCUUUUGCGUCCUCGCAGUUCUCGUUCUCGCGUUCGAGGUAAUCUUCAUUUAUAUCUGGCUUAUUUGCCAAGCCAUUUGAAUCCACGAAUAUCAAGUCUACGAGAACUUCCUGCUGCUAUUGAAUUGUCAACCGAACAACGGAAUAGUGAUGGCCAGAUCUCUCCUAUUCCAGCACCCUCUCAUCGUACUAGUGUUCCGACACAGUCUCAUAAUCCUGGUAUUUCUGAUGCAACUAGCAUUGCUGAAGAUGGUGCUGAUAAUUGUGUAUCUAUCAGAAACACUUCAAUAGAAAUGGACACUGAGAGUGUUGCAGACAAUGUUAUUGGACCAAUGCUCUCCACAUCACUUGAUGAAAGUUCUUCGAUGGAAAUGGUAUCAGAUCCUCUACCACCAGGUUGGGAUGAACGCGUAGAUCAAAAUGGCCGCACAUAUUUUGUGGAUCACGUUCAUAAACGUACACAAUGGGAUAGACCUUCAUUUCGAUUGCCUCAAGGAUGGGAGCAACGAACUGAUGCAAAUGGUCGUGUGUAUUAUGUAGACCAUAUAAAUCAUAGAACUACUUGGUAUCAUCCUCUGUCUGAGGGAUCUCGAGGACAAACGUCACCUCCCAAUUCAAUUAGUGGUCCAGAUGCCUUCAACGACGGGGAUGAACCACUAGGCGAAGAAGAGGCAGUUAAUGGAGAUGGUGAAGCAGAAAGGAAUUAUCAAGUAGACACUGAACAAUCGAAUAGCCCUACGGAAAAUCAAGAAAAUCAUUCCCCAGAACCAUCUCCAAUGUAUACAAAAGUUACUGAUUCCAGAUCUCAGCUACAUAAUAAUGGAUCCAUACGAAAUAAUCCUCGUCAAACACGACAUAGUCUUACGAUUGCAGAAAGACUACGUGCAAGAAAUGGUAUCAAUGAAGCAGCUCAUACAAUUAAUCGCCAAAAUGUUAUCGAUGAAGUACGUGCUGCACAGACUAUGUAUUUGAGGCGUAGACAAGUUAGUCUCGAAGAUACUGUGUCCCGUGUUCCUAUCCAUUCAGAUACUUCUCCUGCAAACGGCGCAAAUUCUGAACCGCCUCCUCCAACUUCAACAAAUUCUGAUACUGACGAUACACAGGCAACAGAGUCAUCUACUGUUACAGCACAAACGACAACCUCAUCGACAGUAGAAUCUAACCAACAAGAAUCAGAUAAUACAGAUGGAAAUCGAAGAAUUGGUGAAAUAGUCUUAGGAUUAGAUUUGGCUCCAGGUGAAGAACCAUUGCCACAGGGUUGGGAGUUGGCAAGAACAGCAAGUGGUCGUAAAUUCUUUAUCAAUCAUAAUGAACAUACUACUACUUGGGAUGAUCCUAGAACUACUCGAUCGAACAGUCAACUUACUGAUGGCUCCUUGUUGACGCAUGAAGCUCAACGACAUAUUAUGAAAGAUUUGGGACCGUUACCGCCUGGUUGGGAAGAACGUGUACAUAGUAAUGGUCGCAUCUUCUAUAUAAAUCAUAAUGCACGUACUACACAAUGGGAAGAUCCUCGUUUAGAGCGUCUGGGUGGUCCAGCUGUCCCGUACUCAAGAAACUAUAAACAAAAGUAUGACUACUUUAGAUCAAGGCUUAGAGCACCUCGUGAUCCACAGGCGAAAUUUGAAUUACGUGUUACUCGAGCAGGUAUAUUUGAAGAUUCAUUUCGACUUAUUUAUGGGAUUAAAAGACCAGAAGUGCUUAUGCAUCGAUUAUGGAUUGAAUUUAUUGGAGAAAAAGGCUUAGAUUAUGGUGGUGUACAGAGAGAAUGGUUUUUCUUAUUGUCACGUGAAAUGUUCAAUCCUUAUUACGGUUUAUUCGAGUAUUCCGCUGCUGAUAAUUACACUCUACAAAUUAAUCCCUUAUCUGGUAUGGCAAAUGAAGAACAUUUGAAAUACUUUAAAUUUAUUGGUCGUGUUGUUGGUAUGGCUGUUUAUCAUGGUAAACUGGUUGAUGGUUUUUUCAUUCGACCAUUCUAUAAAAUGAUGCUUGGCAAGACAAUAUCAUUGAAAGAUAUGGAAGCUGUUGACUCAGAGUAUUAUCGAAGUUUAAAGUAUAUACUGAAAGAAGAUCCUGCUUCAUUAGACUUAUCAAUGUCUGUUGAAGAAGAACAUUUUGGUGAGACUGUAGAAGUGGAUCUUGUUAAAGAUGGAAGAAAUAUUCGUGUUACUAAUAGUAAUAAAACACAAUAUAUCGAGCGAAUUAUAAAUUGGCGAUUUGUUUCACGUGUUGAAAAACAAAUGUGUGCAUUUCUUGAAGGUUUCAGUGAUUUAAUACCUUUGGAAGCCUUACAAAUAUUUGAUGCAAAUGAACUUGAACUGUUAAUGUGUGGAUUACAGGAUAUUAGUGUUACUGACUGGAAAGCGAACACCUUGUAUAAAGGUGAAUAUCAUGCAAAUCAUCCAGUCAUUGUUAAUUUAUGGAAGGCUGUUUACACAUUUACCAAUGAAUUAAGAAGUCGUCUUCUACAGUUUGUAACUGGAACAUCUCGUGUACCAAUGAAUGGUUUUGCUGAAUUGUGGGGUUCAAGUGGACCACAGAAAUUCACUGUUGAGUGUUGGGGUUCUGUAGAUCAGCUGCCUCGUGCUCAUACUUGUUUUAAUCGUUUAGACUUACCUCCUUAUACAACCUUUGAAGAACUUCGCUGUAAACUAAUUAUUGCUAUAGAGAAUGCAGAAGGAUUUGAAGGUGUCGAUUGA